GGGCGGCAGGCCGCUGCCGACGGGGCGGACCUGCUGCAGGAGGUCUUCGUGAUCUGGCAGAAGGAGACCUUCGACCUGAAGUAUGCCAUCGAGUUGGACUGCCAGAAGAAGCAUCUGGACGACAGGAUCAAGGCCGCCAAGAGCCAGCAGAAGGCGAAGGCGGCCGCUGCGAUGAGCCGCAUGACCGGCAACGCGGACGUCGGGCUGAAGUCCCUGACGUUCAACGCGUGGGUCGCUUUCCACGUAGACUGCCAGAAGGAGAAGGAGCUGGAGGGCGAGGUGAAGGCGGCAGAGGCGCGGAUCCAGGAGCACAUCAAGGCCAAGGGCGAGAAGAUGAAGAGCCUCCUGUCGAGCACCAUCGGCGCCACCGACUCGGGGCUGGUCCACCAGACGUUCCAGGCGUGGUGCCAGGCGCUGCGGGAGGCCAAGGACGAGGCCAAGGUAGCCGACGCCCUGCUCGCCGCGGAGGGCAAGUUCAAAUCCUUCGGGGCGAGGGGGAAGACGAGCGGCAUGAGCGCCGCGGAGAGAGCCGCGUACUACCAGGACAUGGAGCUCGUCAUCAGGACCUGGAGCGCGUGGAAACUGGACACCAGGACGGAGAAGCAGCUGCGCUUCUACCACGGCAGGAUCGACGCCAAGCGCAAGCAGCUCCUCGGCGUCCAGGAGAUGUUCCGCAGCUUCGCGAACGAGCUGGAGGGCGGGCUCAAGAAGGCCAGCGCCGAGUCCACGCGCGGGGACGCGCCUGCGGCUCUGAAGGGCAGGGGCCUGGCCAAGUCCGACAGCAGCGUCAACCUGCCGGACAUCCACAACAAGAAGACCCAGGUGGCGCGCGACCACGGCCUCAGCUACAACCCCCAGGAGCGGCGGGGCGCGGACCGGCCCCGCGCGGGCAAGGCCGUGGUUGCCGGGAGCGGGGCGUACCCCGGUCACUGAGGCCCCGCAGGCGGGCGCCGCCGC